GAACAUGGACCCUGUGACAACACAGACACCCCCUGGCCUUCAUCCUCCUCACACUCUUCUAAUGUUAAACCAGACCACAGACAAUGACAGUGCCUCAACACUAAAUAGCUACACAAGCCCAUUGACAAGUGACAGUAGUGGAGACGGAAUCAGUAAAGGUGGCAGCGCCAAGGAGAAGCGAUUCCCGUGUUCGUUCUGUGGGAAAGCCUUCAGUUUCCCCCAACAGCUGGAGAUCCACCAGAGGAUGCACACAGGGGAGAAACCUUUCUGCUGCAACCUGUGCCGGGCUAGUUUCUCCCACUUAUCCAGCCUGAAGAGGCACCAGAGGGUCCACACGGGGGAGAAACCUUUCGGUUGCCACCUGUGCCGGGUCAGUUUCUCCCACACGUCCAGCCUGAAGAGGCACCUGAAUGUCCACACGGGAGAGAGGCCGUUCGCCUGUACGCACUGCGAGAAGAGGUUCUCAGAGAGAAGCUACCUCAGGUUACACCAGCAGAAAAUGCACACGGCCCAUGUAUAGUGUAGAGUAGUAUUAGUUAGUUUGUAGUUAAUUAUGUUUGUUUUGGAUGUAGUCGGGAACUGAAUGAGGUGAACUGAGGAAAGAAUUAGUAUGAUGAGGCAGAGGAGAUGAUAUGGUUGGUGUGAUGGGGUCUAUAAAAAUGCUUCACUGAUGAGAAGUGACAACAUUGUCCUGUUUGAUGCGCGUGUUUUCUAAUGAGGAACUGAUAGUGCCUUAAUUCAUGUUUACUUGACAAAGUAAUGAAGCUGUGUGUAAUAUUAAACAUUUUCCAAAGUA